AUGGAUAUUACAGUGUCUGAACUCAUGUCUAACUUCAUGGAUUCGCCGCUUGUGGUCUGGGUCAAGACUUUUGGACCCCUUGGGUCCAGUUCAGAAGACAAGCUCUCCAUGUUCAUGGAUUUAGUGGAUGGUGUCUUCCUUCAUAAGAUAAUGACACACAUAGACCCAAGCCCCAUGAAUCAGCGAGUCAACAAACAAGUCAACAAUGAUGUCAACCUGAGAAUACAGAACCUCAACACUGUCAUCCGACACAUUAAAAACUACUAUCAGGAGCAUCUUCAACAGCUCAUCCUCAUGAACCUGCCCAAUGUGCUGGCCAUCGCUAAGGACCCAUUAUCAGGUAAAAGCAUGGAGGAGGUGAAGAGACUGCUGUUGCUGAUACUGGGCUGUGCUGUUCAGUGUGAUCGUAAAGAAGAAAUGAUUGAGAAGAUCAAGCUGCUUGACAUUGAAACACAAGCUGCCAUCGUGACACACAUUCAGGAAGUAACUCACAACCAGGAGAAUGUCUUGGACCUGCAGUGGAUGGAGGUCAGGGAGAUCCCCGCCGAGCAGUUGGACCCUCUGUCUCGAACCAUGGCCUUUCACCUACGCAAACUCCUAGACGAGCGAGAUGAGUCUGCUGAGCUGAUCAUAGAGCUGACCCAGGAGAAGGACUAUCUUCAGUCCCAGCAGCCUCCUAGUCUCUUGGGCUUUCCUAGCCCUGAGCACAUGUCCAUGUACCCUGUCACCCUACUGUCUAAAGAAGAUCGACAACAUUUAACUGUGGAGCUAGCCGACACAAAGGCCAAACUGCGGCGAUCACGCCAAGAAUUAGAGGAGAAGGCUGAGCAGUUGAUCGAUGCCAAGAAUGAGAUUGAGCGUCUGGAUGCAGAGAUUCAGAAACUCAAGCAGGAGAACACGCAGGUGCUGGCAGAGGCACGUUCGGUGCGGGCGUACCGUGAUGAGGUGGAUGCUCUGAGGGAACGUGCUGGAAAAGUGGAUCGCCUGGAAACCGAACUGGCUCGCUGCAAAGAGAAGCUAAAUGAUAUCCAUUUCUACAAGACGCGCAUAGAGGAGCUAAGAGAGGACAAUAUAACUCUGCUGGAGACUAAGUCCAUGCUGGAGGAGCAGCUUUCAGGGGCCAGGGGGCGCUGUGACAAAUUACAUGAACUGGAGAAGGAGAACCUCCAGCUGCGCUCCAAAUUGCACGAUAUGGAAAUUGACAGGGACGGUGAUAAGAAACGUCUAGAGGAGUUGGUGGAGGAGAACAUGUUGCUGGAGAUCUCUCAGAAGCAAAGCAUGAAUGAGUCAGCUCACCUCGGCUGGGAACUGGAGCAACUGGCCAAGAACAAUGAAGUCAACGAUACGCGUAAGUCAUUUGUGUUUGAGCUGAAUGAGACAGCGUCUAGCCGACUGUUGAAGCUGGAGAAGGAGAACCAGUGCCUUCAGAGCACCAUUCAGGAGUUGAGAGAGGCUUCCAUACACAUGGAAGAAGGUCAGCAGCACGCACUGGAACUGGAAAGAGAGAAUCAGAGCCUCAGCAAGAAGUUGGAGCGUCUACAGUCCCAGUUGGACCAAGAGAAGCAGACGACUCAGGACAUGGAGAACCUUGGAGAAGAGCUGCUGACGGAGAAACGAAGACUGGAAAAAACUCUAGAGACAAUCCAGGCAGAUAAAGACAGACAGAUCUCUGAAUUGGAGCAGGAGAAAGAGCACCUGACCCAGGCUAUGAACUCCCUCCGCAAGCGUGCUCAAGUCAACAGUGAGGCUCGUGUGAGGGAGGUGGAGACAGAAAACCGGGUUCUCCACCAGACCAUCUCUGAAACAGGCAGUAAACUAGCUCGUCUGGAGGCUGAGAAACGACAGAUGACUAAAGAGCUUGACUCUUUCCUUGAAAGAGGAGAGCGCUGCGAGGAGCUGGAAAGGGAGUUAGCACACCUGGAGCGAGUCCGAGAACAGCUUCAGAGGGAAGCCGCCUCCUUGAAGAUUGGAAGCGAACGCGCCGAGGCUCUGGAGCGUGAGAACGCUACUCUGGAACAGGACAAUCGGCGGCUGAAGAAGCUGGCUGACACGGCGCAGAAUGCCAGCCUACGCUUGGCUGUUCUGCAGAAGGAUCACCAGCAACUUGAGGAGGAGAACCUGGAGCAGCGACGUACGUUGGAGACCCUACGACCAGCUGCCGCUCGCCUGGCUCAGUUACAGCUGGAACAUGCUGAAUUAGAGCGGGAACAUGAGGAGAUGUGCCGCACACUGGAGGAGCUCCGCUCCCAAGCCAAAAGAAGUGAAAGACUGGAAAUAAACUGCAGCAGCCUGAGCCAGGACAACCAACGGCUCCAGCAGACCCUGGACAACAGCGCCACCAAGAUUCAAGGUCUGGAGGGCGAGCUGAGGCAGAAUGAGGCAGAGAUGAAAGAUCUGCGGCAAGAGUUAGAGGGGUUGAGGCAGACGGUGACAUGGGCGGAAACAGUGGAGACAGAGAAGAGAGGAAUGGAACAGGAAUUGGGCCAGGUGGAGAAGGAGAAGAAGCAGCUGGAGAAGGAGACACGUAGGUUGAAGCAGCAGUUGGAGGUGAAGGAGACAGCGCUGGAAGAGAACUGCCUCAGGCUGGCCAGCAUGGAGAAAGAAAGCACAGCUCUCAAUAGAGAGCUGGUUCGCCUUAAAGAGGCUUCAGGGAGACUCAAAGAGCUGGAGAGAGAGAACAAAGACCUGCAGAAACAGGCCACCAUAGAUAAGAAGACUCUGGCCACACUAAGAGAGGAGCUGGUGAAUGAGAAACUGAGGGUGCAGCAGCAGUGUAAUGAACUGGAGAAGUUGAGCCACGAGCUGGAGAAGAUCGGCUUGAACCGAGAGAAACUCCUGCAGGAAGAACACAGCUGUGAGGACAAUAGAUAUAAGAUCCUGGAGACAAAGAUUGAGUCCGCACUGAAGAAGACUCUGGAUCUGAGAGAGGAGAAGAUCCAGAGCCUGGAGUCCCGCCUGGAGGAGAGCAGCAGCUUAAACCAGCAACUUCGCACUGAACUCUGCACUGUGAAAAAGAACCUGGAGGCACUUAAACAAAGGCAAGAGGAAGAGGCAGCUCACUCUGAGAUUUCCCAGCAGUCUUUGGGGCAGGAUGGAUUGGGCCUAAAUAAAGAGAAGUGGGAGAUGGAGCAUAGGGAGGCCACAGCCGAACUGCUCAAACUGAAGGACCGACUAAUCGAUGUUGAGAAGAAUAAUGCUGCCCUGCAGACAGAGAAAAAUCUUCUGAAGGAGCAGCUGAAGCAGUUAGAUUCCCAGAAUGCACAGCUCAACGCACAAACACUAGCUCUGCAGAAACAGGCAGCGUCUCUACAAGAACACAACACUUCUCUUCAUAAAGAAACGGCUAAACUACAGGUGGAAAAUUCGACACUAAGCUCCCAGAGCUCAUCUCUCAUGGCUCAGUACGGAGCUUUACAGACCCAGCUGCAGACUCUGGAGUCCGAGGCCGAGACCCUUCAGAAACAGCGCGAGGAGGCGUGUGCGGCCCGUGACCGAUUCACACAGGACCACGAGCACCUGCUUGCUGUGCACGAAAGGCAGGCGACUGAGUACGAGCAGCUCAUGACCCGACACACAGAACUGAAGAGCAGCCAGAGAGCUCUGGAGCAAGAACACCGCGCACUGGAGAGCAAAUACACGGUUCUCCUGAAGCAGAAGGAGGCUAUGGAGGCACUGGAGGCAUCUCUACACAGGGACAGGGAGAGUCUGGGAGAGGAAAUUCACAAGAACACUCUUAUCCUGGGGGAGAACCGCAGUUUGAGAGAAGAAGUAGACAGACUGACACAGACACACUUGCAGCUGAGGCGGGAGUAUGACAGCCUACAACUGCAGACCAAAGAACUGAAGACCUCUCUGAACGAGUCCCAGCUGGACCUGAACCGCUGGCAGGCGCGCUACGACCAACUCAAAGAGCAGCAUCAGGGCCUGGACAUCUCCAUGACCAAACUGGACAACCACUGUGAGCUGCUAACCCGUUUGAAAGGAAACUUGGAAGAGGAAAACCAUCAUCUUCUCAGUCAGAUCCAGAUGCUCAGCCAACAAAAUCAGACCCUUCUAGAGAGAACCAUGGAGAGCAAAGAACUUUACCACGAAGAACAGAAACAGUACAUAGAUAAGCUGAAUUCUUUACGACGACAGAAGGAGAAAUUGGAGGAGAAGAUCAUGGACCAGUAUAAGUUCUACGACCCGACUCCUAAAAAGAGCAGGCAUUGGGCUGGAGCCAAAGCAAUAGUGAAAUUCAUCAAACCUAAGAAAGAAAGUCAACGAGAACGAACUGACGCGCCACAUGAGAGACUCCGAAGCGCUCCAGACAUCCCUCUGCCGGAGAUCCCCACAUGUAUAGACUGUCCCGAGAGCACACCACCACUGCCCCCCAGACAGUCCCGCCUCAGCGUGGACUCUAUGAACAACCCCUCCGCAGAGGAGAAUCAUAUACAGUCCCCGACCCUUUCACCUGCCCUCAACGGCCGAGCCCCCCCAGCAGCGAAGCGUUUCUUCUUUCUCAGGAGCAAGAGCCAGGGGAAAAUGCGCGUUCAGGGGACGCCGCCGGCCUCUCGACGAUCCAUUACCAGACGCCUUCGCUUCUGGGCCUCAUCUGACAACCUUGUUCCCUGUUCCCCCACCGAGCCUUUUUCACAUAUUGGCCAUUUCUAACACUUCAUCCUUUCCAUCAUCAUCACAGCUGCUUACCUCAUCAUUGCUCUCCCCAUCGACCAUUAUUAAUUUUUCUUUUUAAACAAGCAUCAAGCUACUCUUAUUAGGCACCAAUAUCACUCUGAGCUAAACGCUAAAGAAAGAAACACAAUAGAUUUUCCUGUCACUCUCACCACCACAGGCCCACAGUGCUAAAGUAACACACACACACUCGCACAACACACACCUUGCAAGACAUAUAAAUGCUCUGGGACCAGGCUGCUGGACUCUGAAUGCAACCGUGCAGUAAGUAAUGUGUAUUUAACCGAGCAAAAUGCUGUCAGCUUUGCGCUUGCCAUGAAAAACAGGGCUUGAAUUUCGGCGGGGCUUGAAUUCCCCCAGUUUCCACGCUUGUAACUGGAAAUUCCCGCAAAUCUUUCAGCAUGAAAGACGGUCGGGACAGAUGACGGAGUGUGUCAUUUGCACUUGCUUCUGAGUCUUACGAUAUUUAACACGCAAGUGCGCGAUUCAGUAGUUGCGCGCUCUCUUUGAGACCUCUUUCUGUGAGCUCGCACCCGAAGCGCGCGCACAUAGAGCGCAUCUUGAGAGCGCGUGACUACAAAAUGAAGUUGUGUUGCGUCUCAUUGAGUGUAAACAGUCAAAUACAUACAAAAUUGUCAAAAUGCCCAUCUUGAUGAGUAUUCACGUAAACAGUCGAUUUAUACUAAACAGUUGGGAAACAACACUUGUAUAACAGCUAGAUCCGUACACGAGGUCUUAAAGAGACAGCAACCCAAAUAAACCUGCUGCUUAUUUAUACAUUGAAGACUAACCAGUGUUAUUUUAAAGUUCCAAAUAUUUUUUCGUUUCUGUGGCUUUUCUGAAUUUAUAACUACCUGACAAACACGGCUAACUUUAUAUUGUUUUUGUUUGUUUUGCCAUUGAUUGUCAUUUAUCUAUUCAUACUUUAUUACUGACAGUUUACUGUUCUUUUUAAGUUCAAAUAAAAUCAAUUCAGAGUUUGAAAUCAAAGUUCUUUUUAAGGAUCUUCCUCACAAUACAAAUAUGAAUCAACAACAUUAGAAACUGUAAAACAGUUACACUGGGUGAUGAAACCUCUAUGUUGGAUGAUUGUAGUUAAAAAAUAUGUUUUAAAAUGACCCUAACUCCUUCCUCAAAUUACCCUACCCCAUAAGAGCAACCUAAAGGGGGAAUCCCCCCAUUUUUCAAAACGAAAUUCAAGCCCUAAAAAAUGUGUGUGUGAUAUUGCUCAUGCUGAAUAAGGUGGGCUGAUGUGACCACAGUUGCUGCCUGCAGUCAAUAGUAAUCAAAUGAAGUGCAUGCAUACAGACAGAGAGAUUGAAGGAGAAAAAAGUGACAACUUAGAUUUAUGCUGUGUGUAUCGAUGCGUUGCUUGUGAACUUGCAUUGCUAAAGGUUUGCUCGUUUUCUCUGUACGUCCACUGUGUGUUAUGUGCAUGCGACUGUUUUGGAGUGUUUAUAUGCAAAUCAGAUAGACUUGGCUGAGAUCCAUUGAUUUUUAUGUAGGGCACAUUACUUCCAAAACCGAUUCUUGGGGUUUGUCCCAUAAUCACCAUUCUUAGGACAGCAAUAGGUAUCUUAAUUGGAUUUAGAUUUACAUGAAGCUAUUGCAUUUAUCGUGCGACCUACAGAAGGAAAACCUCAAUGCAUGCACAUCCUGUGAAAUUAUUUCUGAUGUGAAACGGAUGUUCACAACUUGAAUUUCUGUGACUGGUUUUGUAUUUCCUCAUCUAUUUUUAGUUUUAUAUAUUCUAAAAAUGAUGCACAUACACAUAAUGCUUGUUCUGAUUUGGUAUUGAGUUCGAGCAUGAUGCUCAUAUAGACAAUGUGUGUUUGAGUUUGACUUUUGACAUUUCCCCUUCUCAUUUCUGUCAUUAAAAAAGAAAAUAGAGUUGCUUAAAGGAGCAAAAGCAACUUAGUGGUUUGCACAUGCACUCUGACACGUUGCACCCGGACACAUCAGUAAGUCAUCCACAAAACUCUUCACACACUGAAGACAGACCAAUUUUUGCACAUGCUUACAAAUUCUUUUUAAAACCCAAGUUCAAAACCUGACAGAAUACAAAACUGAAAAAGGCAGCAGCUUGCAAUAUUUCUAUAGAAUUAAAAUACUGAAAUAUACUGAAUAAUAUUUGCUAGUUUUGGAAGAAGGAGUUGAUUUGAGAGAAGUGUUUUGGUAGUUUUCGUGCUUAGUGGAUAUGUAAUUAACCACUGUGCUAAGAUGAGAGUUUGUGUGGCGAAAUGUGUGAAAAAGUGAGUAUUGGGAAAUGUCCUAGCAAAUGUAAAGCCUCAAAAAUGAUCUAGAAUUACUCUUAUCAGUAGUUUAGACCAUGCUUUUUGAUGCAUUGAGCCAUGGUGCUCAUAUACAGAAUAGAUGAUGCACAUUAAAGUCUGCUUUGUGACGUUUCCCAUUUCAUUUUGACAUUAAAAGUGGAACAAAGAACAAAACACUCUUGAAAAAGCGACCUAAGUAUUGAGAAAUGUGUUCUACCAAUUGCAAGGACACUCAAUGUAAAUGUACUCUACAUUGAGUCAUGGUGUUAAUACAGACAAUGCAUCUUUAAAUCUGGCUUGCAACCUUUCCCUUCUUAUUUAUAUAUACUUAUACAUUUAGCGGACGAUUUUAUCCAAACCGACUUACAGUGCAUUCAGGCUACACAUUAUAUCAAACCCACAACCUUUUGUGCUGCUAAUGCAAUGCUCUACCACUGAGCCAAAGGAACACAUGUAGAACCACUCUUGAUGAUUUUUCAGGCAGUUAUAGAAACGACUUUCUGCUUUUCUAAAUCAUGUGAGGGAUCGUCUCCAGCAUGACUCUAAUAAAGAGAGUCUCACGGAGCACUAGAGAGUUCCAGCUGGUGUUUUAGUUUGGCCACAGCAGUCGAGCUUGAAGGAAUGUUUGGGGUGAAAUACAAGUUGAACUCUAUCAAUAGCAUUUGUGGCAUGAUGUCAGUUCAAUAAUAAUAAUCAUCAUAAAAAGAAUAUGACUUGUUCUUCAAUUUGGAAAAGCAAACAAAAUUCAUGUUUACAGUAAUAUUUGUGUCAGUGGUGCAAGACAUUUCACCAGACUGUAUGUUGAAAUGGGAACUUGUGGCUAUGUCUAGACUAUAGCCACAAGACUUAAACUGAUAAAAUCAUUCACUCACCCUGACCCAAACCUGUGUGAGUUUCUGCCUUCAGUUGAACACAAAAGAAGAUAUUUUGAAGAAUGUUGAUAACCAAACCAGAUGCUUGUAGUAUUUGGCUUCAAUAGUAUGGAGAUAGUCCUAUUCAAGAGAACAGAUUUAGAGAGUAGAAGGUAAUUCAAACAGGUUUGGAACAACAUGAGGGUGAGUAAACUAAUGACAUUUUCAUCUUCCCUAAGAUAUGAUUCAAUAUCAUACACGUUUUUGUACAAUCUUUCAACUUUUGCAUGACAAGUCCAGCGACCUUUGGAUGUUGAAUAUAAUUGUAAUAUUUAUAUGGAUCAUAAUAAGACAAUGUUGUCACCUUUACAUCUCAACUAACAUAUUUUUGUAUGAAAUAACAAUUAAUAAGAAAACACUUGCCCUAUAAAUGUUCAGUGUAGGAGUAAAACUGAAACCCAAGUAUGAGUCACAGAUGCUGCUGAUAGAGCUUGACUUUGUAUUGAACCUGGAAUGUUCCCUUAACUGUCUUAACUCCUGCUUAAGUGUUUUUGAUGUUGAUUUAUUUUACUAACACAUGCUUGUGCUUUUGCCCCGACACCUUCUCCUACGCAGGUGCCUGCAGCGUCACUGGAGCCCAGCAGCAGCGCUUGCACUGCACAUGUUUUGUAUGCACUCGCAGAUACUGACCUUUUCUCUUGAUAAUUUUGUUUAAGUGUUGAACGGCAGUGGAGGGAGAGGAAGAGAGGGCUGUCGCUCAGUAGGGGGCGGUAGU